GAGCAGCUGGCGAGGCGGGGCCGGGCAAGUUUGUUCCCCGAGUUUGGAGCCCCGAGGUCCCCGCGGCUGUCGCGCCGGUGCCUUCCGCAGGGGUCGGGAUGGAGCUUCCGGCCGUGAACCUCAAGGUGAUUCUCCUGGUUCACUGGCUGCUGACGACCUGGGGCAGCAUCGUGUUUGGGGGUGCCUAUUCCUGGGCCAAUUUCACCAUCCUGGCCUUGGGCGUGUGGGCUGUGGCACAGCGGGACUCCAUUGACGCCAUAAGCAUGUUUCUGGGGGGCUUGCUGGCCACCAUCUUGCUGGACAUCAUCCACAUCAGCAUCUUCUAUCCCCGGGAUACCAUCACAGCCACGGUUCACUUCAGCGCUGGCAUGGCCAUCCUGAGCCUGCUGCUCAAGCCUUUCUCCUGCUUCCUGGUGCACCACAUGUAUCGUGAGCGCGGGGGCGAGCUCCGCUUCCACUCCGACUUCCUCGGGCCUUCUCAGGAGCGCAGCGCCUACCAGACGAUUGACUCCACCACGGAGGGGCCUGCGGAACCCUUCGCGGGCCUCGAGGCCAGGGGUCCGGACACCCGAGGGUACUGAAGCCGGCCCCCACCACCUGUCCUUGCUCACCACAUCACAGUCCUGAUGCUUGGGGGGUCCUGGGGACACCCCUGACCUUUAUUGGGCCUAAGAUGCAAUUACCUUCCUGUCCCCAUUUCAGGGGUGGGGGUUGUUAAAUCCCGUGCCCAUGGGACCAUGGCUUCCCAGUCCCAUGAACUCAUCUGUCCUCACUCUGAGGCCUGCUGUCCCCCAAAGAGCACCCCACAGGUUCCCAUGCUGGGUCUGUGGUCUCUCUUUGUACCUCCCAUCCCACAGUUGCACCAUGCAGGCCUCAGGCCUGGCUGUGCAUAGCCAAGGGUGACCUCCUGGACCUGCCUCUGGCUUGUGGGGCCUUUGGGUCCCAAGCUCUGAGAGCUUCAGAGCACACUCAGCUCCAGAAGCAGCUGGCAUGGGAGUGAGGUCUCAUGCAUCUCACUGCCUGGCCACGUGGUUCCUGGGGGCCCAGGCCUGGACUCCACAGGACCUGCCACAGCCUAUAGCUGCCCUCCUUGGAGCCAUGAUGUUAGAGUUGAGGGAUUCUGGGACAGCACUGAGCCAUGUUUCAUUUCCCAGCUGGCUGGGUGGCUGGCUUGUCAUUCCUGGGACCGACCUUUUCUCUCCUGAGUCCCCAGGGGAAGCCCCAAGUGAACUGGAACUGCCCAAGUUAGCCUGAUACGGCCAGAGCAAGCAGGAGUGCCCGCUGGGCCCGCCUCUCAGUGCCACAGCAGAGGAGGGCAUGGUCAGUGCAGCACAUGUGCCUCCUUUCUCUGACUUGGUUUGUUAGGCAGAAGCUGUGGUUAGCAGGCUGGAGGAGGCGGCUGGGGCCUGACUGCUAAGCCAAGACCAGAUGUUUCCGUUCCUUCACUUUCUUGAUCAGUGGCCAUAGAUAAAAUCCAUACAUCCUCGUGGUUUCCAGCUUUAGCUCAAAAGGACAGAACCUCCUCUGGGCAUGCCGCUAAGGUCCAGGUCCCAGAGAAAGUCCAGACUGUGGGUGAGCAGAAGGGUUAGAAAAAUCUCAGGGCCUCAAACUCAAUGGAGCCAUCUGCCUAGAGUACACAGGGACCUCCUCUGAAUUAGGUAAAUGCAGCCCAUUUUAUUUGUCCAAGAACUGUGACCUCAGAAACAGGGAAGUGGGGCUGGGGAGAUGGCUCAGUGGAAUAAGUGCUUCCCUGGCACACACAAGGGUCUGAGUUCAAUCCUUGGUUCUGCCAAAAAAAAAAAAGAGGAAAGCACAUUCCUUAAAAGGUCCAGUUACACGGACGCAACCCGAGACCUCCAUCUGCAGCUGCCAGCUCGGUGCUUCUCGCUUCUUCUGAAGAUCUGUCAUUUUUUGCAAUAAACACUGCCUAUUCUGGGA